AUGGCGCGCAAGAAGAAGGAUAGGACUAUUCCUAGACAGGUCAAGUUUUCCUAUCACCAGAAGCUGAAGCAGAUCUAUGUAUUCCUAUAUAGGGAUAGCUCAGGCGUCGGCAAGCCAAGGCGGAGGUCCUGGCAGAUUGCCUCUUUGGCCGCGCCAUGGCUGUCGGAUCUUUCUGCAUUUUACACUGAGCCUCGAGGUGGUGCAGAAUAUGAGUUCUAUAGUGACGAUGAGGAUGAGGAAGAUGAGGUCGCACCCACCGAGGAUCCCCGAAAAGAAAAUAUUAUUGCCCAAAUACGAUGA